CUAAGCGGCUUCCUAUAGCCUUUAUUCGCGCCUUAAAGGCUUUAACUAUCCAAUAAUUCAUCCCGAGUCUCCUUCAAAGUUGGUUCCUUCCUAGAGCAUCCAUUCGUCUUCUAUUCCCCUGACCAAAAACCACUUUAUUCUCUAUAUUAUAUGCCCCAUUUCCCCACAUUAAUAUGCAACCUCUCGCAUUAGCGUGAUACUUCCACUGCAGUGCACGGGUGUGUGGGUGUUUUCGGCAUUUGUAUCUGUGUGUGUGUGUGUGUGUGGCCAUAAAUUACCGUUGACAUUUGGUUGCAUGUUGUGCACGCCCUUCCGCUGUCAUUGCCACGCCCACUUGUUGGCGCCACCCAAAAACCAGCGAUACAUAUCAUAUAAUCAUCGGGAGUGGAAUCGGAAUUGGAUUGCCACAAAGGAGGUGAAAUUUCGGUGAAGGAUCGCCCUAGUUCCCUCCAGAAUGUCCUCCCGCCUGGUGGUGGCCCUCAAUCGCACGGUCGUCGAGUAUUUCCGAAAGACGAGCCUCAAUGGAUUCGGUUUGUUGUACUUCAUCCGGAGACGUCGUGUGCAGCGCAUCUUUUGGUUCUCCUUCAUCUGCUGCGGCCUGAUCUUUGCGGGCUAUUCGGUAUUCGCCAUGAUACUGGAACUGCUGGACAACUCCACGAUAACAGAUCUAUCCGAGCGGGAUUUGGGGGAGAAAGGGGCGUUGACGUUGCCAUCGAUGGCGAUUUGCAGUGGCUACAGAUUCAGUAAAAGAAAGAUGCAGGACUACACGCAGAUGUUGGCCAAUUCCAGUGGAAAACCAUUGGGUUUCUGGUGGCAAAAGAUACAUCUACUGUCGGGCUACACGGAUCCCAUGUCUGUGGACCCCGAAGAGGCCAAGGAACUGCAAGAAUCUCUGGGAUUCCGAGAUGUACGCUCCCAGUUGAUGGAUCUAUCGACUCCCUGUGUUUCCCUGAUCCUAAAAUGUCUGCAGAAUCGUGUGACCAUCAAUUGUUCAGAGAUAUUCCAGCUUCGAGCCACAAAUCACGGCCACUGCUGUGUCUUAAGGGACGGGAAUAUCACGGGAGAGCUGUCGCUGUCGUUGGACACCUCCCAAGAAGAUGAAUUUCCAAUGGAGAAGAGCAGUUUUCCCGGUUUCCGUUUGCAUAUUUCCAGUUGGUUGGGCCGCAUAACCAUCGGCGGGGGGGAAAAGUCCCUGGUGGAAGUGCUCGGCAUGGAGCUGGGGGCCAAUUCGGAGCUACGCGACUAUCCCCUGGACAGACGUGACUGUUACUUCCCCCACGAGGGUGACGGCAGGGAGAAGUGCCUGCAGGAUUGCCGGCUUAGGGCCUCUCUAAUGAAUUGUCACUGUGUGCCGUAUCCGUUCGUGAGAGAUGCGAAAUUAAAGCAAAAGUCUUGUACGCUAGAGGACAUUGCCUGCCUGCAAAUGGUUGCGGUAAAUUGGUCGCCGAACCAGUGUCCGCAGUGCCUGCCGCUCUGCAAUCAAAUGUUGUACAGUCUGCACAAAAGCCUGCUCGGACGUAUGCAUCCCUUUCGGAGUACUCUUCUGCUGCGCUUCGGGGCCCCUCGCUGGAGGAUCUACUCGCAGGACAAACACUAUCAUUGGUAUCAGAUUCUGUCAAAUAUUGGCGGUGUCUUGGGCAUUUGCAUUGGCUGUUCGCUCAUCAGUGGCUUCGAGUUGAUUUACUUUAUGGUCUUUCGGUUCUGGUCGCACUUUUGGCACGACCCACCGAAUGUAUCUGUAGCCUAAAUGGUACGAGUAUCUGUAACU